GAUAUAAUUAGUGAAGUAUAGAAAUUGAAUGCCAAGGAUUUGUAAUUCAUAGUAAUUACAAGCAUAGAUGUAAGCUACUAUACACAUUCUUGAGAUGCCUGGGACUAAUAAGUAAUUUUUAAAAUAGUCCAAGAGAUUGACAAUAAUUGUUUUAAACACAUGAUGAAGUAAUAAGUUCGGAUAUAACUAAGGAUGUAUAUACUACGAUACUAUACAAAUCCUUGACAUAACACAUAUUAUUCACUGAACCAUGACAUGGUUUUGGCGGUAUGAUUGAUGAGUCACCACCGUGACCGUUGGUCUUUUAUGGUCCUUACAAAUUUAAGGCGAUAACCAUUUCAUAUUAAGACCCUGUGAAGAAAAGAAAAGGGAAUCGAGCCCAGAGUUAGAAUACAUUUGUUGAAAAUGAAUUUUGCAGAAUUUCCAUUUGGAGUACCACAAACUGGGAAGAAUGCAGAAAAAAAUCAAUGACAUUUUAAAAACAAGUUUUCAUAUGCAAGGAAGACUACGUGUAACGAAUGCAUGUGCAAUAGUAAAUCUUGUUCUUAAUCGUUGUCUAGAAGCAGUUGGAGUAAAAGCUACAAUAGUAUAUGGAGUUCACCAACCGAACGGUGUGAUUGAUCCGGAGGGAAUACAUCUACCUCAUGUUUGGUUAAACAUUGAAGGUAAUAUUGUUGAUAAUACUUCUGUCGAGGAUCUGCCACAACUCAUAUUCAUCAAAACAAAGCGAUUUGGGAGAUAUAACCAAAAAUCUGUUAAAAAUACAGACGGGCUGUAUAUGGGAGACCAUGUGACUAAACAACAUGGCAUUGACGACCACGACGUAUCUCAAUUUGAAUGGUUGUUGUCCAACUCAGAUAAAGCUCUUGCUCUCUCCAGGAAUAAAAUUCAACUGGAUCAGUAUUUCAGAUCAAUGAUGCAAUAUGUGUUAUCUAAGUACAAGGUAGAAGUUCAGGAUAUUUCUGAAAGUGUGUUUAAUAAUUGUUGGAACUGCAAUAAAAGUGACUCGUCUUUGAAGGUGUGCGGUGCUUGCAAAGUUUCCAAGUAUUGUAGCAGAAUCUGUCAGAAGAAAGAUAGAAAAAAACAUAAAACAAUUUGCUUACCUCCAAACAGUUAUUGAUAUAGUAUUGUAAAUAAAUUAUUUUGGA